AUGGCGCCUCCAACCUUCAGCACUUUGUAUCUGUGCGUCCACUCGGCGCAGAACGCACAGAUGAAGUCACGCUACGCGUACUGCAAAGUCUUCGUGGCGGACAAGCCAAUGGUGGAGAAUACGAUGUUUGCUGCUUUCUCGAGUACGCACUCCCAGUCCUUCAAGACUCUCACUGCUCCUGUGGAUAACAACGGACCAGUCUGGAAGGCGAAGUUCGAAGUGCACACCAUCGAUCCCCGAGUCGACGUGUUAUCUGUUCUCGUGAAGAACCCGCAGUUGCUGUCCUGCCCAAUUGUUGGAGUUUGUGUGAUCGCUCUGAAGAACCUCAUCGGUGCUGGACGUGUGGAUCACUGGUUGGCGCUGCGCAAGGGCCGAAUCCAAGCAGGUCAGAUCCGACUACAAUUGCUGUUGGAGAAGGUUGAGAACCCCUCCAUUUCACCUCGGCCAGAGUAUUCUCAAAACCAGGUUCGCUCGCCUGUACCAUCUCAUCAAGCGCAAACCAACCGUGAAACUUUGGUGGAGGAUGUCUAUCGACGCAUUAAGAGAGAGAAGCAAGAACGCGAAGAAUCAGAGAGAAGGCAACGUAGAUACGAUGAUCUACGAGCUGCGAUUCGAGAAGUUGAUGGUGGCAAUGAACAAGACCGCAAGAGAAAAUCGAGUAGCGACAACCAAGCCGACACUUUCUGCGGAGCACUCGUAUACGAUGUCGAUCAAGUUCGAUUCGAUAGUGAAGACGAGGAGAAGCUCAUGCGAUCAGAACACUCCGAGAGAAGCGAGGGCAAUCAGUCGUGCUGCAGUCAGGGCUCGUCCAAGCGAGGCAGCCGUCGGUAUCAGCGCCAAAGCCGUGAAUCGUGCUCAGCUCGGUCUCAAACACUCGGUAUGGAAAGACGUGACCUCGACGAGGAUCUUUACGGCCACCUCCCAGGAUCUGAUCGAGCGUACCAAUACUACGUUCAUGGCAGGCGUUGGGUGGGCACAGGCUCAAGUUGA